UAAUCGUGUGCGACCCGUCGUAGUAGCAGCGAGCGGUGUGUCGACGACAGUACAGUUGUAGGUGACACGGUAAUCGCACGGCCGGUAAACAUUCGGCGCUAUCUCUGGGCGGGCGCGAACGAGCGGCGGCAACGAGGAAAACGAUAAUAUAAAAUUACAAAAUAAAUACAUCGACACUGCGCUCCCGUUAUCGCGGUCGAGUGGCCCGUGUCACGCACUCGACGGACAUCGCUCGACGACGUCUGACGAACGCGACGCAUUCACAACGGGAACCGAACGCGCGAUGAACACGAGUCGCGACUCGCUCAAGCAGUGGUUGUCGGACGUGCUGACGGCCGACGGGGCGUACGGCGCCACCGCCGACCGGCCGGCCACGUUCGACCCGGACAGGGAUCCACGGCACGCGUCCCGGCCCAAGCAGACGCAGCGGCUGUCGUCGGUGGUGGCGUCCGGCCGGCUGACCGUGGCGGCCGGCGGGUCGCGCGGCCCCGUGGACGUCCGGCUGACCGUCAAACUGAAGCCGCCCGUGGAACUGCUGCGCACCGUGCUCAAGUCGGACCGGCAGUUCCACAACGAGAUACACGCGUACCAGAACGUGUUGCCGUUCCUGUUCGAACACCUGCCGGAGGGGGCCCGCGGGCCCGCGCUGCCCGUGUUCGUGUACGGCCGCAACGAGUGCGGCGCCCGGUGGCCAGAGGACGUCGUCGUGCUGGUGGACCCGCGCGGCCAGGGCUAUACGCUCGCCCGCGCCCCGGAACACGGCGGCGGCGCCGCGAGCGCGCACAUGGACUACAACCACCUGGCCGUGGCCAUCGCCGCGCUCGGCCGGUUUCACGGCAUGUCGUUCACCGCCAAGCAGAAGAACCCCGUGGCCUUUCGCAAGCUGGUGGGCAACCUGCGCGAGAUCCAGUGGGACGAGGACGGUUGGCUGGUCAAGGGCAACGGGCUCAAGUCGCUGAGCAUGCGCGGUGCCCGGCCGCUGAUGGACCAGGAAAAGUACCGGGACGGCAAGCUCAAGGGAUUCCUCACCAUGAUCCGGGAGGCGGACCGCAACCUUAAACUGGCGAUGACGCCCAAGGAACCGUUCGCGGUCAUAUGCCACGGUGACUACUGCAAGCCAAACAUACUGUUCGAGUACGACGAGGCCGGGCAGCCGCGGGACGCCAUGAUCACCGAGUUCACAGCCGUCAGGUACGGUUCGCCCGGACUGGAUUUGUCAUACUUCCUGUACAAGAACGCGGACAAAGACGUGCAGGACAACCGGUGGGAAGACCUGUUGGCCGUCUACUUGGAAUCGGUGGUUGCCGUGCUGCCGGCAGACGUUAAGGCACCCACCGUGGAGCAGCUGCACCACGAGCUCAGGUUCCACGCGUUAUACGGUUACGCGCACCUGUUGUUCGCCGUGCCGAACAUGAUCAACGACAACCCUCGCGGACUGUUGGACAUCGAUGGCGACGACGACAAGACAACCGUCGAAGACCUGCUGGUCGCCCGGAUCGACGCGGCUGACGAGAAGAUAACCGAAAUCCUUUCAGGGACCGUCCGUCACAUCAUCGACCACGGUUACGCGGAACAGUACGAGUUCUCGUCGAAUUCCCGUCUGUAGGGCGAAGACGAAUAUGGCGUUUUGUCAAUAAUUUACGUCUGUUUUGACGUUAUGUAUUAUAUUUUUAAUUAUUACUAGGACUAUGAAUUUGUAGCAACGCGUAUUUUUUUUUUAUUAGUUUAUUGUUAAAUGUAGCUUUCUUUACAGAAAGUUUCACUAAUAUUAUAUGACAAUGAAUUUAAGUUUAAAACA